GUGACACUGAAAAUGAGUCAAAGAAUGUAGGAACACCCUUGGCAGAGGGUGAGGAAAUUCGGAUACCUUUCGCUCAACAGCUGCAACAAAACGGUGAUUUUUCUUAUUGAUUGAGAUAAUGGAAAUGGGACAAGGAACUUGGUCGUGACGUCGGGAGAAAGACAAGCGAGCCGUGCGGUGAUUUGGAUUAUAUUUACAACCCAGCGCGUGGAACUGUUUGGAAUACACACACACACACACACACGCACGACUGUUUCACACCGCAUAGCUGCAUAGAGGAGGAGGCUACGGCAACACAACAUCGCGGUGAAGCAGGACUAGCUGGCCUUGCAUUCCUCCACCAGCUCACCUAGCUCAAUCUUUCUAUCUAUCUAUCACAAGUCGGUCAGUGCUUGCCGAGUCGGCGCCCAUUAUGGAAGCUGAUGAAGUGACCGUGGUCGUUCACGGUGCGAGGAGUUUACAAGGACGGAAGCCAGGUCGGCACAAGUUUUCUGUCAUAUUUGGUGUGGGCACAAAGAAAUAUCGUACUAGUGUUGUGAAAGAUAUAAAUGGCAACCCAGACUGGAAUGAGGAAUCAGUAGUGCAUGUCACCAAUGCCAGUGACCACGUGUUUUUCACGGUCACAGAAAAAGAGGACGUCCUGGGUCAGAUCAUCAUUCCUGUUGCGUCUCUGCUCACUGUCAAAGGGGUGGUAAAAAAGUCUGCUCUCAAAGCCCACAAAAAAUGCCCCACCCCUCAGGGAGAACUAAUCUUCCAGUGCUACGUGUCCAAGCAGCGACCCACAAUGAUCACACCGCAAAUUCGCUCAGGUUCGAACGCCCCCAAUUCAGGUGCACAGCUAACAGGCUUCCAGCGGCUGCGCCAGAACUUCUCUCCAACUCCCAGCAUGCUUCAGAAGCAGCAGAAGAAAGAGGAAAAGGAAGAGAAGCGCAAGUCGAGCUCACUGGCCAACUUCAACAAGAAACUUUCAAAGUCCAUCCAUGACAUCUUCCACCUGGGACGGUUGAGCGGUACCAACGACGGGGAUGAGGAACAGGAAAAACCCAAACGUACUCGGUUCCCCAGCAUGGGCACGGGCUUAGACUCAUCCGGUAGAGAGGCCCCAGUUGUUUCACACAUCGUUCCCAACAUGGCCUCUGUCCAUGGAGGUACUCGCCUGGUCCUAGAGGGGCGUAAUCUAGGCCUGGGGAAGUCAGACAUAAUGGAGCUGCUGCUGUGUGGCUCAGACCUCCUCGACACCAUUGAAUUUGAAUCAGACAGUCGGAUCUAUGUGACCACCAAACCUCAGUCUGCCGGCAAGGGUGAUUUGUGGAUAGAGACAGUGUCCGGUGGACAGAAUGUUAUCAAAAAUGUUUUUACCUUCGUGGACCGUUCAGCAGCUACGACACCGGUGCCAGAGAAGAAGUCGUAUGCUGAUACAGGGUCAGUUUCAAGCAGGGGAAAAAAUUCUGCACUUGCAGAGAGCUUAGCAGAGACUCCGAUCCCAGAAGGUAAACUAGCGAGCACAGAAGUGAGCAGCCCCCCACCUCCGGUCAUCUCUGUAGAGAGGUCAUCGUCUUUGAACCAGGAUGACCGUGUCCGAAAGAGCGUGACUCUGUCAGGAUCAGCAACGUUACCUCGACUGCAUGGAAGUAGUCACAGUGAAAUGGAGAACAACGAGAGUCCGCAAACUGAAGCACAGGAUAGCCCAGGGGGAACGGGGCGCUUCCGAAAGAACUUUCAGAAACAUACACGGAGGGCCAGCGAGUCGAUUGUUGCCAUAAACAAAGAUGCUGAAGGGAGAAAAAGUGCUGAAAAAUCAGAACUGCAAACAGAGAUUUUACGGCUGCAUAAAGAAAAUCAAGUACUGAAACAGGAGAAUGCAGACAUGAAAACAUACAUCGAUGGGCUGGUUGCCCGAGUCAUGAUCCAUUGCCCUGAAGCCUUGGCAGCAGGGGAUGACCUAAAGCCUCUACCGUCGACCACAAAAUGAUUCAGAGCUGUAGGAACAAUACUGAUCGAUGGGCUGGGAGACACAUUAGAUGAAUGAGCGUGCAACUGAGACAGGAUGUGUGGGAGAGUGAAUAAAAUGACUGAUUGGAUCUUUUGUGCUGUACAGAUCCUAGUGUUGUGCAGCAUGUUAGUGGCUAUAUAA